CACAUCGAACUCCUCAUCACCAGUGGGCGAGGGAGAGACAGAGAAGCGUCCAGACGGAGAAGAAUGAGCGCGGCGGCGGCGGCGGCGACGGCGACGACGGCGGGGUAUCUGGCUCGGAGGGCGGCUCAGAAGGAGAGAGUCCGCAUCCUCUACCGCCGUGCCCUCAAGGACACUCUCAACUGGGCCGUGCACCGCCACCUCUUUUACCAAGACGCGUCGGAUUUGCGCGAGAGAUUCGAAUCCAACAAACACGUGGAGGAUCUUGAUACCAUCGACAGAUUGAUUGCUGAUGCGGAAGCUAGCUACAAUAAGUGGCGGCACCCUGAUCCUUACAUUGUGCCUUGGGCUCCUGGUGGUAGCAAGUUUACUCGGAACCCGACACCACCUUCGGGGAUCGAGAUAAUUUAUGAUUAUGGUCGUGAAGAUAAUGAUUGAAAAUGCUAAGUGCUCCCUGUUGGUUAAUAAAGGCUGUGAGAGUCCAUGCAAAUGGGGUUGAAAGAUGGCUCUGGCGGCCAAUAUCUUGUUUCUGUUAUAACGAUGAAGCUCAAUGUUGCCUUUGAUGUUCAGUUACUCCUGACUGCUGCGUAUUUGGGUGUUUUCCCUAACUUUGACGUUUUGAUGAAAGAUUUGAAGUGCAGAUUGACUUGCC